AUGCCAAACCAUUGGUUUGCCAUAACAGUGGUGCGAAGUUGGCCCGAGCAAGUCGAGAAAUACCUCGAAUCAGUACUACACCUAGGCAACAUAUGGGACUGUGUCGUGCUUCUCGACGAAGCGGAUGUUUUCCUCAAGGAGAGGGAGAUAGCAGACCUAGCCCGCAACGCCCUUGUAUCAAUCUUCCUCAGUGUACUGGAGUACUAUGACGGCAUCCUCAUCCUCACAUCCAACCGCGUUGGCACAUUUGACGAAGCCUUCAAGUCUAGAAUCUCGCUAGCCCUUCUCUAUCCCAACUUCACCAAAUCGCAACGCUGCCGUAUUUCUAUGUUUGAAAACCAGCUGAAUGGAUCGUCGAGAGCAACGCUGCCGUAUAUGGAAGAACUUUCUGAACCGACUGAAAGAUCUGAAGAAGCCGAAUAG